GCUUAACAAUUGCUUACAUACAUAUUUAUUACUUGUUUCAUCCCGUCCCGUCUGUGCAUAUACACAAAUCUAAUUACAUGUGUGUGUAGAUAAAUUGUACUUGUAAUUGUACCUUUUGAAUUUCGAUAUGGUUUAAAUUCCAGAAAAAUUGAAGACGAUGAUAUCGCGAUUAAUACUACUUUCCAUCAUAAUACUUUCCACUCUCGACUUGAUUGUUGGCGUGGAGGAAAGUAAUUUUUCAUCGAUCGACUGGUUCCACAAUAAAAAUAUUUGUCUAAAUUCUGUUUACCACGCUAACAUCACUGUCAUCACGCUACGUUGGACAUUAAUCAGAUUUCAAUGGUUUUAUGAAGCUGCCCGGAAAUUCAGCCCGGAUUUGAACUUGAGGCGGACAUUUGACCUCGAGAUGGACGAAGGUUUUAAUACAACGGUCCAGAUUGACAUCUCUGUGUCAGAAGAUCACUUGGUCCUCCAAUUAGUAGCCGCUCCCAACAUGACCAAUUACACCCUCCCGCAAGACGAGCAGUACAACUCGACGCUGACGAUUACCACUCGAAAUGGCAACAUGUCAAAAUCCGCUCUAGGAAAGAAGAAAGAAAGCUCGGUGGGUUUUACGUGGAGCUUUCUCCACGAGGAGAGACUCAUUUUGGGCGAACUUAUGGAAAUUUACUCUCGCGUUGUCGUACGGGACAAGAACCAAAUGGGCAAAAACUUGGUACAAAUUGUGCCUGCAAAUGUACUCAAAAACAGCUACGGGCAAAACUUGGCUCUAGUAUUUGUCACUGAGAGAAUUCGGUUUAAUGCGGAUGAACAAAUUUUUGUAUAGCAUGAGUCUUAUUACGAUUUGUUAAGAUUAUGUAUCUACUAGUAAAUUGUCAUGCAUAUUUAUUUACUUUGACAUCCCACUGCCAAUUGUUUAUGAAAAUCUGAAAGUGACAGAGAUCAAGCAUUUUUAAGUAAAAACACAAGUCAAAUAAGAGGAUAUCACUACAUAAUUUACACUUAUUGACUAAAAUUUCGCACGCAUAAUUAAUGUGCACCACAUUUUGUCUAGAAAUUAAAAUCUCAAUAAAACUUUAAUAAUUCCAGAAA